GACUCUCUAGAGUCUCUAGUAUUAUGUAUGAAUCUCACCGUGAUAGUCUACCAUAUUUCCGUGAUCCUUCCGCAGUGGACGAAGUUUCUAAUCUGUUUUUUAUUCAUUGUCAUUACGAUGGAGAGCGAACGCUAUAACAACAACGUAGUGCAUCAUAAUUAUACAGAAGAGCUAACCAAUGAGGAUAAGAAAUAUGCAAUGGAAUAUUUAAACGAAACUGAUGAAAAUAGAGAGAACGAUGUCGCGGAAAUUAGACGCUGGCUCGAGGACGAAUUACGCAUACGAAUCGAUAAUUUUUUUAUUUUGCGAUUUUUGAGAGUCUGCAAGUUUAACCUCGAGAAAACCAAGACCAGAAUACGAAACUAUUAUAAGCAGUUAUCUCAUCUACCGGAAUGGUAUUUAAAUAAGGAUCCAUUUCGACCAGAACUGCAGGAGCUGCUUGAUUUAGGAAUAUUAUUGCCUUUGCGGAAGCCAGACAGUCAAGGAAGAGUAGUUUUUCUUAUUCGUGGCACUCGGCACGAUCCAAGAAUACACACAAUACCAAAUUUGUCUAAGGCCUUUAUAUUGGCGAUAGAAAUGGCGAUGAAGUAUUAUCCAGCAGCAUCCGUGUAUGGCUGCGCAAUGUUCUUUGACGUAAUCAAUCCAACUAUAAGACACAUUUUUCAAUUUCGACCCUACGUGAUAAUGAAUAUGGUCCACGCGUGGCAGAGCUGCUAUCCUAUGAGAUACCAGACGAUUACCGUAUUCAACGUCCCGACGUUUUUUGAUAUUGUAAUAAGAAUUAUGAAAUCUUUCAUGACCGAGAAAAUGAAAAACAGAUUCUAUGUCUAUUCACACAGGCCACAGUGUUUCAAAGAUAUUCCCGCUAACAUUUUACCCGUCGAAUAUGGUGGUACCGACGGUACAAUGAAGGAAUUAACAGAAUAUUGGAAGAAGUUAAUUGAAGAGAAUCGCGACUGGCUCUUGCGUGAUGAGAAUGUUAAAAUUGAAUGACAUUUUGGAGGAUUUAGAAUCGAUAGAAAAUAUUUGCUCUUUAUAAUUAUACGCACUCGCAUUUGUUGCCGUAAUAUAAAUCGCAAUUUGGUUUAUGAAUUUUACAAGAGAAAAAUCAUCUCUCUUGCUCUUUUGUUACAUAAGAUUCUAUCUGUGCAAUAGCAAACAACUGAUAAGAUAUGAAAUUAGUUUAUAUUAGAUAAAGCUGUAUACAUGAAAACAAAUUACAAAUUUACUUUUAAGCUUC